AUGACCUCCCGCGAUGGCUACUGCUGGACCAAGGCCUCCGGUUUGAAACAGGGCGUCCCAUCAAUCGGCGUCAUCUCGCCUCCUACGAACGUGACGUCCGUCGAAACAAAAUACGACGUUAUUGUGAUAGGCGCAGGGUACUGCGGUCUUACCGCCGCUCGGAAUGCUGCUAUCGAAGGCCUGAAUGUGCUCCUCUUGGAGGGCAGAGACCGCAUUGGAGGACGGUCAUGGUCGUCUAACAUCGGCGAAUACCCGUUCGAGAUGGGAGGCACUUGGGUGCAUUGGGGCCAGGCAAAUGUCUGGAGAGAGAUUGCUCGGUACCAGAUGACCGACGACCUGGUAAACUCAUUUGACUUUUCCAGAGGGGUCAACCACUUCGAGUUCAACACCGCACAGGGCAGUGUUACCAUGAAUCAUGAUCAAGAGGAUGAGCUCAUGGCAUCAGCGCUGGCCAAAUUCUUCAAUGUCGAUGGAUCAUACGGCCGCAAGGUCAUGCCUCUUCCGCAUAAUACCUUCAAGACCCAGGAAGCUCGAGAUAUGGACAGGCUCUCCGCAUUAGACAGGAUCAAGCAGAUUUCCGCCUCGCUCACGCCCGACGAGCGAGCUGCUCUGGAGUCUUUCAUACUGCUCUGCAGCGGCGGCACCCUGGAGACGAUGAGCUUCCACGAGAUGAUGCACUGGUGGGCUAUGAGUGGCUACACUUAUCAAGGUUUCCUUGAUUACCUGAUUACAUGGAAAUUCAGAGGUGGGCAGUCAAGCUUCGCCAUCAGGUUCUUUAAAGAGGCCCUCGCUACCAAGCGUUUGUCCUACGCUUUCAACAGCCCCAUCCAGGGUGUCAAGGAUGAUGGAGGACUCGUUACUGUGACAACAGGAGAAGGGAGACAAUACCGCGCAUCCCGCUUGAUCUCAACCGUGCCCCUUAACGUCCUCGGUUCCGUGUCUUUCGACCCGCCUCUGCCAAGUGGAAAGCAGUCUGCAAUCAGCAUCGGCCAUGUCAACCAAUGCGUCAAAGUCCACGCCGAGGUCCCAAAUAAAGAUCUUCGAUCAUGGACCGGGGUCACGUAUCCCCACAACAAGCUCUCCUACGCUAUCGGAGACGGCACAACGCCGGCUGGGAACACACAUAUUGUUGCCUUCGGUGGGCAGUUCAACCACAUGGACGCAGACGAAAAUGUGGAUGAGACACUGAGGGCGGUCAAGGGCCUGUUCGCACCUGCGAACAACAACGGCAUGUCACCCGAGGUCGAGCGACUGGUCUUCCACAAUUGGUCUAAGGAUGAAUUCGCCAAAGGGGCGUGGUUCUUCUCACCGCCGGAGCUUCUGGUGAACCAUCUGGAUGACAUGAGAGCUCGUCACGGCAACAUAUUGUUCGCAAACUCGGACUGGGCUCUGGGGUGGCGGAGCUUCAUCGACGGGGCCAUUGAGGAGGGCUGCAGGGCUGCAUUCGAAGUCAGGAAUGAGCUGCAAACACAACGGAGUGAAGACUCCCCAGCCAGUGAUCGGGCUCGAUUGUGA